AUGCUCUGGAGGAGCAUACAUAUAUUCCCCCUUGCGCUCACGAAGACUUUGCUCGAUUAUGUGCAGUUAAUCACUGGCGUUUCACUUUUUGUUCGUCGACGCGAUCACUUCACUCCUCAUCCGUCAGCUGGCUUCGAAGGCUAUUACACUCGUACCCAGCUCGACGAUGGCGGAACCCUUGCGACUAUAUUCUGCUGCGUCAGGGGCGCGAAGACGCGCGAGAACCUAGUAUGCGUCAUGUACCAGCCAGGUAGCAACAGCAUCUUGCCGCCCUUCAAGUACGAGUUUUACCCCGAUCGCAUCGAUACCACUGUCCAUCCGCUUGCUCGUCCUGAAUAUGAUCGGGCUUUCAAACUCUCAGCAGAAGACAUAGGAACGAUGGAGGUCACGUCGACUAGCAUACAUUACACGAUCUCCGUGCCACAGCUGGAGUUCCACGUUGAUCUUCGUCUCACAAAGGAUACGCCUUGGUCGUACGAGCGUCCGCUCGAUGGUCCUAUGGGCCCGCUUCUCCACCUAUCGGACUUUCUGCCCCUCAACUGGCAUGUCCGCUCAACGGCGAGCAAUGCAGAGUGCAGCAUUACACGUGCCGGCCAAACACAGCGUGGCAAGGGGACUGCUCACGUCGAAAAGAACUGGGGGCGAUCCUUUCCUUCUGGCUGGAUCUGGAGCCAAGCAUCCGGCCCAAUGGGAAGCACAUUUUGCCUUGCCGGCGGCGACGCUUUAUACGGCGUCCAGUCCUAUCUCAUUGGUUAUCGUUCCCCGCGGCUCCAGUGGGACUUCAGGCCGCCUUUCACUUUUGCCAUCGGACGGUUUUCACCCUAUAUGCGGGUUGAGCAUAACAGUGUGUCAGGUACGUUCAACCUGGAGACCAAGACCUUCACAAGGAAGCUCGCCGUCAGCAUUGCCGCCUCGCCAGACUCGUUUAUUGGGCUUCCAGCUCCUUUGCAAGAAGGGCACCGCCCGGCCUUUGCCUUCGAGAGUUUCGAGGCAUCAAUCUCGAUUGCCUUGUGGGAGCGACGGUGGCCAUGGCAAGACUGGAGGCUGGUAGAGACUAUUUGGAAGGAAACGCCCUGCACUGCUCUUGAAUUUGGCGGCGACUUCUCGCAUCGUACUCAAGCCAAUCAAGACUAG